GGUCUAUGAAAUCAUUUAGCAAGUUCAUCUUUGUAGGUUUCAUAGAGGUGCAGAUAAAACCAAGCCAACACACAUCAUGAGCUAUCUUCUUAUUUCGAUGUCAUCAUUGAUGUGUCAGAAGAGGCCGUAUGAAAUCAAGUCAUGAAGUCAUAGCUCAUGCAGAGCGAUGCAUGGGUCUGGCUGUGUAAAGCAAGUAACAACUAAACAAAUAGUAGCACUGCUACUAGUACAGUACUAAUGUUGGGUUCAUAGCUAACUUUCAAUAACAGGCUCUUAGCAAUAGGUAUUAAAUUCUUUGGCAAAUAUGGGUAAGCCCGCGAAGGUCGACUGGAGCCAAAUUGUAAACGCGAAUCCAGAGGAACUGGGAAACGAUGCUGAGGCUUUUUUCGUAAUGUUACAACAGGUCGAGCAAAAAGAUUUGCAGAAAAAAGAAAGGGCAUGUAUAUCCCAGCUUUUCACAAUCGCACAGACUCUUCUCAAGCUUAAAGGCCAAGAGCUUUCACUUGCGUAUGAGACAAUAGAGAAGGCUGGGGUUGACCAGGCAAGAGCUGAGAAUGCAUUUCAAUCAAAACUGUCAAAAUUGGAGAGUGAACUGGAGCUGGUUAAUCGCUCGGGUACGGGGAGAGAUACUCGUUUCCUUCGAGACGAGAUCGGCCAGUUGGAGAGUCAUCUGGACAGCAAGGAAAAGGAGCUGGUUCAACUGGAGAAAGAGAUGAUGAAAGAAAGAAAGUCGAAUGAGGAGCUGUUGGCCAGAGCAGAGGAGAGUGAGGACAAAAACAGGAAACUGAGAAGGGAGAACGACCAGCUCCACCAGGAUGUGGAGUUUUACCGCCGGGAAUUGGACCAGAGGGUGCCCGCCCAGUCCAGGGAAGAGAACAUCGAGGCCCAGAAACGUCUCAACCUCACCAGUCGCCAACUGGGCCAGUACAUGGAGGACCUCCAGAGGGCCGAAGAUGAAAUUGUUCAGCUAAAGGUUCAAAAUCAGCUGAUGCAGCAAAACCUCGAGGAGUCAGUAAGAGAGAUGGAAAAUAUGACUGAUGAGUAUAACAAGAUGAAAAUCAUAGUUCAGCAAUCAGACUCCAUCAUGGACCAGCUGCGGAAAGACAGAGACCAUGCCAAGGCCCAGGUGAAGGAGCUGAUGGAGCAGAUCCAGAGGAGGACUGAAGAAGAUGAUCCAGUCAUGGCAGCCGUCACCUCAAAAGUGGAGGAGUGGAAGAUAUUGCUGUCAGAGAAAGACAACGAGGUCCUUAAAUACCAACAGAUGAACCGAGAGCUGAGGGAGAAGUUGAAAGCAGCACUAUUAGAUGCUGAUAAAAACAACUUACUGACUCUCCAACAGGCUGUUCAAGAACGGGAUAAUCAAAUCAAGCUGCUGAGUGAACAAGUGGAGCAGUACACAAACGAAAUGGAGAAAAACACAAAACUGAUUGAAGAACUGAAGAAACCCCAGAGGAAAGAAAGAGGUCACCUGGCAACAACACAGCUGCAGAAGAUUGAGGAGCUCCAAGCUAAAGUUAAUUCAGCUGAGAGGAGGGCAGCAGAGGCUGAGCACAUAGCAGAAUUAGCUGAAAAAGAUGCCAGACUGAAAGACAAGGAGUUUAGUGACAUCCUAACUCGCAUAAGAGUAUACGAAUCAGGCGCAGAUGGCUUAGAAGCUGCUAUCGCUGAAAUCAAACAAUGCAAAAACCAGAUUAGGAUUCGAGAUGAUGAGACGGAGGCUCUGACUAGGGAGAUCAAUAACCUGGAGCUGAAAAUGAAUGACUUACUGGACCUGAACGAGGUCUUGAGAGACAGACUUGGUCUAAGCCAAGAGGAGGAAGUGGAUUUGACUGAAUUUCGAAGGUCAAAGGUUUUAAAACAAAGGCAGUACAAAUCAGAAAAUCAAGUUUUGUUAAAGGAGAUCGAGAGACUAGAAGAUGAAAGACUUGAACUGAAACAACAGCUACGGGCCAUGGCAAAGGAGAGAGGAAUGCCUGAAAGCAGUGAGCGUAUUUAUGUGCAACAAGAGCGUGCAGUGGCAUCCAAAGAGGACGAGCAUCUUAAAAAAAGGAAUGAACAUCUCUUGAAUGAACUGAAUAAGAAACAAAUGCAACUUGAGCUGAAAGAAAAUGAAUCGAGUGAUUUUAAGUCGAAAUUGAAGGAAAUCCAAAAUGAAAAUAAACAUCUGGAACAAGGUAUAAAAGAGAUUUUGGAUGCUCUUAAGGACACCCAACAGAGUUCUCUCUCCGCAGUAGGAAUUAGCGUGCCCAGCUUGGAGAGACUUGUGACUGCAAUAGAAAUGAAAAACGCAGAACAGUCAAAUGGACACAGCCUGCACCUUAAGAAGGAUGUUGACUACCUUACCACCCAGAACAACGACCUCAGACAGGUGAUGAAAAGUAUGAGAGAAGACAUGGAGCACACACUGAGAGAACUGGCAAGGGCCAAUGAAAAGGUUAUGCAUUUGGAAAGUGAAUUACAAAUGUUGGGAAGAUCCCGGGACGACCAAGAGGCUUUCAAAGCCUUGAACAUGCCCAACACAUUGACACCAUCCAGCAUGGAUAUAGUCAGCUCUCUGAAUGACUAUGUUGUGCAACUUUUGCAGGACACUAAAGAUAAAGAAGACGCUUGUAGUCAACUCCAGAUGGCCUUAAAAGAGUAUAGGCGGAAAAUUGCUGUGAUCCGUCAUCAGCAAGGUCUUCUGUAUGAACAAUACCAAAGUGACCGAGACUCAUGGCAGAUGGAAAGAGAUGCGCUAAAGGAGGUGAAAAAUAAGCUGGAGGAGCAACGACUGAAGGACGAGGUGAAACUGAAGGAGUUUCAUGAAUGGCUUGAGGUCUUGGAGAAGCAUCCAGAUGAGAUCAGGAGAUCGAUCUCAGAAGCUGCUCGGAAGAUGACAGUGCUCCAAGUGAAUGAAAAGUUGCUGACGAGGUACUGCACCACGUUGCAGGAGUUGGAACAGCACCUUCGCAACGAGAACAGCAAACUUAAAGACGAUUUUGUUAAAAUGGAAGUUUCUGUGUCAGAGAGGAUGUCUUACUUGCAAAGAUAUAAGGACAUGGCACAUUUCAAAAUGAAUGCCCUGCAGAAGACUCUGCACAACACAGUGCCAGCUGCCGAACUUGAGAAAGCAAACAAGCAGUACAUCAACUUAACUAUUAAAUACAGAGAUCUCCUCCAGAAAGACAACUACCUCGUGGAGAGGACCACUGCGCUUGAACAUUUAGAGCAAGAGAAUGUGUCUCUUCGACAACAUAUGAACUCCCUGAGCAAAGAGCUGCAGAUCAACAAGGAGAAAGUCCAUGUACUUGAACAAGCAUUCAGUCAUCUCGACGGCAAAGAUGCUAGGAGCGCAGAGAAGAUGAUGACGGACAGUGAAGUACUGUCUGUGGCGAAGAAGAUCGCCACACUGGAGAUGAAGGAGCUCAACGAGAGGCAGAGGGCUGAGCAUGCCCAGAAGAUGUACGAAGCACUCCAGCAUUCUGUAAAGCAGCUGGAUCAACGGAACUGUGAGCUUGAAAGCAAAUUUGCAGAGUUGACAAAGCAGAACCUGGAAGCUCAGAGGGUAGAGCAGGAGCUGCGUGAUGGCCUGGCCAACAGUGUCAGUAGGGAUGUGAAUGAUCAUAACCAGGAGCUCAUUGCUAACCUCGAGAAGACAGUGACUGAGAUGAAGCAGGAGAUCUCCACGUUGCAGGAGGUGGCCAACGUAGCAAAAUCACAGGUCUUUGCACUGGAAGCCAGACAGCAGGGCAGGGAAAAGGAAGUUGAUUUUCUGAGGAGGCAGACUUUAACCUAUCAGGCCCAGUCGGACGAAAAGGCUCUCAUUGGCAAGCUCUAUCAGCACAUUGUUGCGUUGCAGUUGAGUGAAACGGCAGCUCUGCACAAGCUGGACAACGCCAACAACCAGCUGCGCAAACUGGAGGUUCAGAUGCUGCGCGCGGAGCAACAGCUGGAGGAAAAAGAGAAGACGCUGUGGCAAGUGCGGCAGGGCACCCACAAUCAAACAGAGUGCCUCAGGCAAACUGUACAGGCGCUGCGGAAACAGUUUAGUGGCGCGUUGCCUCUGGCUCAGCACGAGAAGUUCUUCCACACGCUGAUGCAGCUGCAGGAGGAUCGGAAUCGAGCGAGACGGGAGGCGCAGCAGGCGGAGGAGCACAGACGGAGUGUAGAGGGCAACGUCAAGGAGCUGGAGCUCAAACUGCAGGGGCUCCAGGAGCUCACCAACACCCUCAAGGAUCGCAGAGGCGCUCAGAAGGUGAUGGAGUGGCAUAAGAAAUUAGAGGUUGCUCAACUUCUUGAGAUGCGACUAAACAGAGAAGUGGUUAUUCAGAAGAAGGAAAUCAAAUACCUGAAAAAUGUCAUUGAGGAGAAAGAACGUUCCAUCAGUGCCUUGGAGGAUGAUCUCAUUCAAGAGAGCAAGCUUCAUCACAAGCAGCAGCUGCUGUGGGAGGAGAGGUCGGUGGAGAUGGAGCGUAACCUGGAACAUUACGAGAAACACAAGAGGGAAAGUCAACACACCAUUCAAAAGAGAGAUGACUCUCCUCCGGAUCCAACUCUGCCUGUCUCCCAGCAGCUGAGCAAUGCUCUGUGCAAGGUGUCAUUGCUCAGCCACUCCCUUGCUGAAAAGGAAGCUAUGUGCAUUUCUUUGGGAGAGAAACUGAAAGAGAAGGAAGAGGCAUUAUGGAAAGCCGAACAAAAUGUUCUGUCUCGUGACAAGGUCAUCAAUAAGCUGCGACUCAACUUGCCAACAGGUCCAGAGAAAGAUGCCAAGAUGUCGGGCCAGGAGGAGAGUCCUACCGAAAGCCACCCGGCACUCCGAGUGGCCCAACAAACUAUUAACAGCCUUCAGGGACGCCUGAAUCAAAAAGAAGAAGUCUUGAAGAAGUACCAGCAUCUCUUAGCAAGAACAAGACAAGAACAAGAGGAUAUUACAAAGAAGCACAAAGAGGAGGUGCAAUCUCUUCAACAGAAGCUUGAACAGCUUUCAGAAGGUUCCUUAUCCCACUUAAAACAGACGUCUUCGGACAUGAUGAAGAAGCCCUCGAUCACAAUACCAACCACGAAACAUCUAGCACGGUUAGCUGAAUUGGAGCAGACAGUGGCGGAACAGGAAAACACCCUCACGACCCUGAUGGACAAGCUGAAGGUCAAGACCACAGAGUGGGACAAACAAAGAAGCAUCAUUGACAACCAGGCCAGAAAGCAUGCCAUGGACAAACAAAUUCUGGAAGAGAACCACAUGGCCCAGAAAAGACACCUGGAGCAGGAAGCCGAAGAUCUCCGGGCUCAAGUUAACCAGAUGGAGAGACAACUGCAUGGCCUCCAGGCAGACCUGGACUCACAGAGGGAAGCAAAUGUCCGCUCACCAAGUCAAUCUAUGAAGAACCUGAUGGAGAGUUUAAAAGCGCAGCUUAGCCUCAAGGAAAAGCAACAGAGGGCACUCAGCAAGGCAUUACAAGAGCUGCGUGCCGAGAUGGCGUCCCAUGCAGAGCAACAGUUGGUUACCAACAUCACACAAAAAGAGGAGAACUCAAAUGUUCAGCAAAUCAUCAACAAACACACCAAGGAAUUGCAGAUGCAGAUCCAGAAGUUAAAUGAAGAGCUUGCGAGUAUGAAAGAGUGUAUGAAUGAGGCCCAAAGCAAAGAGACCGCUACGAGGGAGGCCCACGAGGUCCUGCAAAAAGAAAUGAGCAGGAGUCACAGAGCUCGUGACAAACUGCAGACUGAGAAGGCCGCCUUGGAAGACACGGUUGCGGAUCUAAAACAGACAAUAAAGGGGCUCAACACCAAGUUUCAGAAUGAAAAUGAAACCAGAGACCAGCGGCAAAAAAGCAAAUCGGAAGAAGAGCAGGACCAACCAAAGCAAUCAGACAUUUCAAAUGUCAAGGUUGGGAAAGAAGAAAAAGACAAGAUGCCAAAAGAAGAGGUGAUAAGGUGGGAAGAAGGAAAGAAGUGGCAAGCCAAAGUGGAGAAGUUACGAAGUGUGCUGAAGGAGAAGGAGAGAGAAGUGGAGACGUUGUCAAAGCAACUAAAUGUCAUUAAAGAUCUUUAUACCAGGUUGGAAGAAGACAAAAUUAGUCUUCAAAAGAAGCUUUCCCGUUCCCGUGGGAUGACUACAGACCAGGUCAUGGCAGCACAUAGCCUUGAGACUGAGAAGGUGAUCGAGGAAAUGAAGAAGAGAAAUGCGGAGUUGGAGCAACAGAUCCAGACUAUUAAACAGCAACAAGCUUUACCAAGAGACGCUGCAAUUGAAGACCUGCAACUUAAGAAUCGCUAUCUUGAAGAGAGAAUACAAAUCUUUGAGGGUGAACGCUCCAGCCAAUCUUCUAAAAGAGGUAAAUCUCCUGGGCCUUCAACACAAGACAAGCAAAAAUUACAAGAAGAAAACUUGAAGCUCUCUGCAAGAAACCUUGAACUCAGCUUCCAGCUUGAGCAUGCAACCAAAGACAUGCCCAGAUUAAAGGACAAAGUGUCUGACCUGACAGCCAUGUGUGAUGUACUUACCAAAGAAAAGGUUGGAAUGGAAACGAAAUACGGACAUCAACGCAAGGGAGGAGGUACUGGCAAGACGGUGCAUGAACUGGAGAAGACCAUUGGCCUCAUGAAGAAGGUGGUAGAGAAGGUCCAGAGACAAAAAGAGUCUUUGCGAGUCUCAGCAACAACAGCACAGGCACAGCUGAGUGCACUUGUGCAAGAGCAUGAAAAAUUGAAGUCAGAAUGUGUUGAAGUCAAGGGGAAAUUGCAAAUGGAGUCACAAAGAAAGAAAGAAGGAGGCCCUGACAACAAGAAAAGCUGGAAUGGGAGAAGAAAAUAUUGACUGUUCAAAAGAGUCGAAGAUAUGGCAUCUUUUGUGGUCUGUGUGUUUCUAACGAGGUUCAGUGUUUUUAUUAAAAUGCUAUUAAAAUGUACUGCAGUUUGUAUGUGAUGUACUAUUUGACAUGAGUGAAGGGAUCAAUAAAUGUUUUUCCAAAUCA